AUGUCGCGCGUUGGUACUAUGGUGUUAGGGCCUGCAGGUGCAGGCAAAAGUACAUUCUGCAAUUCUAUCAUAUCGCACAUGCAAACCAUAGGACGAAGAGCUCAUAUUGUGAACUUGGAUCCUGCUGCAGAGGCCACCAAGUACGAAUUUACUAUUGAUAUUAGAGAUUUAAUUUCUAUAGAUGAUGUCAUGGAAGAGAUGGAUUUGGGCCCCAAUGGUGCGUUAAUAUAUUGCUUCGAAUACCUUUUGAAAAAUCUGGAUUGGCUUGAUGAAGAGAUCGGGGAUUUCAAUGAUGAAUAUUUGAUCUUUGACUGUCCCGGUCAGAUUGAACUUUACACACAUAUCCCUGUUUUACCCAACAUAGUACGUCAUUUAACCCAACAAUUGAAUUUCAACCUUUGCGCCACAUAUCUUUUAGAAGCGCCAUUUGUGAUAGACAGUUCGAAAUUCUUUAGUGGUGCACUGUCCGCCAUGUCGGCGAUGAUAUUACUAGAACUGCCCCACAUCAAUGUGUUGAGUAAAUUAGAUUUGAUAAAGGGUGAUAUUAAUAAAAGAAAACUGAAAAGAUUUCUGAAUCCCGAUGCAAUGCUAAUGAUGGAAACCGAUGGAAUGAAUCAAGAAUCCAAUCCUAAAUUUUUACGUUUGAACCAGUGCAUAGCUAAUCUUGUUGACGAUUUUGGUAUGGUUCAAUUUCUACCCUUAGAGUCCAAUAAUCCUGACAGUAUAGCUACCAUAUUAUCGUAUAUUGACGAUAUUACACAAUGGGCAGAAGGACAAGAACAAAAGGAGCCCGAUGACCAAAUAGAUGUCGAAGAAUAG